AUGGGCAAGCUUAAUUACUUCGGCCUUCGAGGCAAGAGCCUUAAUUGGGCCAUCAGUAUCAUCGCAGGAUGUGACUUCUUGCUUUUCGGAUAUGACCAGGGUGUCACCGGUGGUAUCCUCACCCUCCCUGCCUUCCAGUCUCAGUUCCCUACUAUCGAUUCUGAGCCUGAAGGCCUCCUCGGAGGGCUUACCAAGAGCCAGCGCUCUACCAACCAAGGUAUCGCCGUCGCCUCCUACAACUUGGGCUGCUUUCUCGGCGCCAUCAUCACCAUCUUCAUCGGAAACCCUCUCGGUCGCAAGCGUAUGAUCAUCCUCGGUACCGCCAUCAUGGUUGUUGGUGCUGCUCUCCAGGCUUCCGCUUUCUCCAUUGAACACCUCAUCAUCGGACGUAUUAUCACUGGCCUCGGAAACGGUGGCAACACAUCGACGGUCCCUACCUGGCAGUCCGAGACAUGCAGCUCACACAAGCGCGGCAAGCUCGUCAUGAUUGAGGGUGCCCUCAUCAGCGGUGGCAUCAUGAUUUCCUACUGGAUUGAUCUUGGCAUGUCUUUCGCCCCCGGAUCUGUCUCCUGGCGUUUCCCUCUGGCCCUGCAGAUCCUCUUCUGUGUCUUCAUUCUGGCCUUUGUCUGGAACCUGCCCGAGUCUCCUCGCUGGCUCAUUCUCAAAGGCCGCGACCAGGAGGCUAAGGAGGUCAUUGCCGCCAUCGCCGACCUGCCCGAAGAUGACGACUACUGCAAGAACGAAUACGUCGUCAUGAAGAAGACCGUCGAGGAGAUGUCCAAGGGCACCUUCAAGGAUCUUUUCACCAUGGACAAGAACCGCAACUUCCACCGCACCUGCAUUGCUUACGUCAACCAGAUGUUCCAGCAGAUCUGCGGUAUCAACCUCAUCACCUACUACGCCGCCGUCAUCUACUCUGGCCUGGGAAUGUCUCGCUUCAUGGCCCACUUGCUGGCUGCUCUGAACGGUACCGAGUACUUCAUUGCUUCUUGGCCCGCCGUCUUUCUGGUCGAGCGCGUCGGCCGCCGCAAGCUUAUGCUUUUCGGCGCUGUCGGUCAGGCCAUCACCAUGGCCAUCCUUGCCGGUGUCAACUCCCAGAGUACUUAUGCUUGCCAGAUUACUGGAAUUGUGUUCCUCUUCGUUUUCAACACAUUCUUCGCUAUUGGAUGGCUUGGUAUGACUUGGCUCUACCCCGCCGAGAUCGUCCCCCUACGCAUCCGCGCCCCCGCCAACGCGCUUUCUACGUCUGCCAACUGGAUCUUUAACUUCAUGGUCGUCAUGAUCACUCCCGUCGCCUUCGACUCCAUCAAGCAUCACACAUACACCAUCUUCGCCAUCAUCAACGCCAUCAUCGUCCCCGUUACCUACUUCUUCUUCCCUGAGACCGCCUACCGCUCCCUGGAGGAGAUGGACUCUAUCUUCUCCAAGGCCGCUUCCGGUUUCAAGGGUGCCUUCGAUGUCGUGAACGUUGCCCGCCACGAGCCCCACCGCUAUGGCAGGAACGGCGAGCUUCUCGUCCACUACGACGAUAAGGAGACUGGUCACGCCACUACCCGCGAGAACCGCCGCGAGAACAGCACCAGCAGCAGUGAGCACAACGGCAUGUGGGCCCGCCAGGACGAGGAGACACAGAAAGUCGAGAAGUCCUGA